UAGAGAUUGCGAUAGACACAACACACCCUCAGGCUACAUCUACCAUCUACCGGCACAUCAAGUGGUCGUUCCCUUGGUACUUUCCAGUCUUCUUGCUGAGCAGCAGUGCACCAUGUUUGGAGAGGCAAGGUACAAGCCGAGGCAAAACUCACACCAAGGCCAGUUUGCGAGAAAGCGGGAGAAAGAGAGGAGAUGGGAGCAAUCUGUCGAGAGUAUCGCCGCCACAGACAAGGUCAUCGCGUUUGCCAACUGGGAGAACAAGACGGCCGGUGCGAUCGCCUCUCGAGCGGGCGCGGAUCGAGUGCGGAGCUUGGAAGGAGCCGACGCCGAUGCGCUGCUUGCGCGGAGGCGCCGCGUGGCCGACCUUUACAACCUGGAGAUGGAGCAGUGGGAACACGAGAUUCUCAAUAGCGCGGAGACCAUGGAGGAGCGAAAGACGCGCAUCCUAGAUAAGGCCACCAAGCUCAAGAACGCCAGGGAGGCUGCAAGGCGUAACUAUGUCCAGGAGUGCUACGACCGCCAGUGGCGCGAUGCCUGCGACGACGCUCGCACCCUCGACUCGAAGGCGAACACGGAGUGGGUAACAGCGCAGCGAUGGGAGCAGGUGGCGGAGAAGGCUGCAAGAGAGGAGGAGAACGCAAGGCAAGAGGAGUUCCACAUGGCAAAGAUCCGCGAGCGCAUCGCCUACCUGGAGGCACAGGAGAAAGCCGCCGAAGAAAAGAGGGAAAGGAGGAACCAGCUCAUGCGCAGCGACCUCAACACGCAGGUGGCCUACAACGCCGACCGUCGUCGACAGCUGUGGGAACAGACCGCUCGCGACGACCUAAAAGAGCUCAAUGAGCUCAGGGCGAUCGUCAGGGCCGAGCAAGAGAAGGCGGAGGCGAAAAAGAAGGAGGCCCACGCGCGCGGGGCAGAGGUGCGAGACUUUAACGAGGCCAGGCGCGAGAUGCGUGUGGUGGCGGCGGAGCAGGCUCGCGAGCAGGACCUGGUGCUGCUGGACUACGCGAUCGAGAAGGACAAGGCCGGGGAGGCGGAGGAGAAGGCGAAGAAGGAGGAGGAGCAGAGGGUGCUGCGCCAGUACAACGAGUAUCUCAAGGAGCAGAUGGCCAAGGAGGCCGCGGACGAGGCUCAGUACGACGAGAUCAGACAGGAGGCGGAGACUCGCAUCUGGGACCAGAGGGACGCGCAGCUCAAGGCGCAGAACGACGCUAGGGAGGCCCUCAUGAAGCAGGUGCACCGUGGUCGGCAGGAGCAAAUCCGCCUCAAGGCGCUCCGCGACGACGAGCAGCUCGCCACCGACUUGGAGCAGGCAAGGCUCGACAGGGAGAGUUUCCUGGCGGAGGAAGAGCGGGAGAGGGAGAAAGAAAUGCGCAAACGCCAGGAGCUGCUAGACAACACCGCCAAGCUCAGGGGGCAGAUGGCGGGCGCCCGUGCCCGAGCGGAGAGGGAGCAGCAGGAAGAGUACCUUAGGGUGAAGCAGAUGGAGGCAUACGAGAGACGGCACAGAGAGCGCCUGGAGAAGCAGGCGGGUGUGGUCAUCACACACCACCCCCUGAAGCACACGCAGUGGUAUACGUGAAAGUCGCACGUCAUGUUGUUGCAAACGUUAAAAAUCAUGGCGCACGUCCAGUGAGACUAGUUCUGGUGUGUCGAGGGAGUAAGGUGUGACCCGAUAGGUGUUACUGCUGUAGUGAAAACACACAAUACAUGGAAUUCGUGAAGUCUCUGCCUGGGGUGACCACUGCGGGGUACGGGCAUAAGGUAGGUCGGCAUUACGCGAUGUAUGCGAGGGAGAACGACCAAAGCUGUGCGCCAUCGGCGAGGAAAGGAAAGCGAACGAGAGAAGCUCAAGCUC